AUGGCAAAUCCAACUUUUGUUUUGAGGCCAAGUGAAACACAAACUGUAAGACUUAGAAUACAUCAUAGGGGACGUUUGGUGCAACAUCCAGUGAAGUUGUAUGUUGGAGGGGUUGCAAGUGAAAUGAAUUGGGACUGGGAUGUGGACUUAAUGUCCUAUAUGGAGAUUGAAAAGAUGAUUAAAAAUGAAGGGUAUUGUAAUAUUCGGUGUUUAUGGUAUUGGAAUCCUAAGUAUGCCUUUUCUCGUGGACUUCGGCCUUUGAAUGAUGACAAAGAUGUGUUAAAGUUCAUGGAAGAUAUUAGAGGAUAUAAAUUGAUCGACGUUUAUGUUGAACACAAAGUCGAAGAAGUUAAUAUUGAGGAUGUUAGGUUUGAAGAAGUAAAUGUUGAAGAAGCGAUUGUUGAAGAUGAAAAUGUUGAAGAAGCAAAUGGUGAAGAUGAAAAUGUCAAGGAUGUCAAUGUUGAAGGUGUCAAUAGGGAGGACAGUGAAACAGAUCCUGAUUAUGAGGAGUGUGAGGAUGAUGAGGAUGGUGAGGAAAGUGAGGAAAGUGAGGAUGAGGAGUUGAACUUAGGUCAUGAUGUCGGUGUUAAUUGGACCACGGUUCUCCCUAACACUUCAACUGAGCAACCCUCAAGAUUGGUUGUUAAUUCUGAUAAUGAAUGUUGUGAUUCAGAUGAGCUACAUACACCACUUGGAAGUGAUGUUGAAGAUGGCAUGGAAAGGUUUCCAUCUUUUAAACAAACUACGAAGUUUGAAAUUGGGAUGAUGUUCAAGGAUAAGAUGCAAAUCAAAGAUGCCGUAAAAGAUUAUGCAAUGGAGUCUAAUAAGAAUGUUGUGAUCAAGAAAAAUGACAAGAAGAGAGUGGUUGUAAAGUGUAUGGUAGGUUGUCCCUUUUAUAUAAGGUUUAGCCUUAGAACAACCAACCAAUUUUGGCAACUUGUUAGCUUCACUAAUCUACAUAAUUGUCAUAAGACACCAAGGAAUAGACAAGCGACGACCGUUUGGUUAGCUAAAAAAUUUGUGAAUACAUUAAGACACACUCCUGAAAUGAAGACUAAAGGGUUGAUUGCAGAAGCAGUGGAAAAGUGGGGGGUGAAGUUGUCAGUAGAUCAAGCAUAUAGAGCCAAGAAAAAAGCGAUAGAGUUAAUUCAAGGAGCUGGUCGUGAACAAUUCAUCCACCUUAGAAGUUAUGCUGAGGAAUUAUUGAAGUCAAAUCCAAACUCUACAGUUAAAAUUCAGUGCGAUGAUUCAGCUUGUGGUCUUGUGUUUGAAAGAAUAUAUGUAUGCUUAGAAGCAUGCAAGUCAGCUUUUGCAACCACUUGCAGGCCUCUAAUUGGUUUGGAUGCAUGUUUUCUGAAAGGGGACUUCGGAGGUCAGUUGGUAGGGGCCGUUGGUAAGGAUGGAAAUAACAAGAUGAUACCAAUAGCUUAUGUAGUUGUGGAAGCUGAAACAAAGGAUUCAUGGCAAUGGUUUCUUAAGUUAUUACUCGAAGACUUACGGUCUAUUCAACAAAAUGCUUAUAGAUUUAUAUCAGACCAACAAAAGGGUUUGGUUCCAGCAAUUCUUGAAACAAGCCAACAUGUUGAGCAUAGAUUGUGUGUUAAACACUUAUAUGGUAAUUGGAGGAAGAAGUACCCUGGAAUUCAUAUGAAAGAAGUGUUAUGGAGGGCGGCUAGGGCCACAACAUUACCGGCAUGGGAAAGAGCAAUGAAUCAGAUGAAAGAGUUUAAUGCCAAGGCUUGGAAAGACAUGAUGGAUGUACCUGCUUCAUGUUGGAGUAGAUCUCAUUUCAAGACAGACUCACAGUGCGAUUUACAAGUCAAUAAUAUGUGUGAGGCUUUUAACCGAGCAAUAUUGGAGUAUAGAGACAAGCCAAUAAUUACAUUGCUUGAAGGAAUCAAACACUACAUAACGGUUAUAAUUUCUACUCAAAAGGAGAAACUAUCCAGGUACAAAGGUGCUAUAAGUCCUAAUAUCCAACAAAUAUUGGAAAAAACAAAGAGGGAAGCAGAACGGUGGACUGCCACUUGGCAUUCGGAUGAUGACUUUGCUAUUUUUGGUGUUUCAAAUAGUGUUGAGACAUAUAUUGUAAACUUGCUGCAGAAGACAUGUGCUUGUAGGAAGUGGGAGUUAACCGGAAUACCAUGUUGUCAUGCUAUCGCAUGCAUAUGGUUUAACAAAAAGGAGCCCGAAGAUUAUGUUUCAUCAUUCUACAGGAAGUCUACCGUGAUGGCUACUUAUAGCCAUAUCAUUAUGCCAACCAAUGGUCCACAACUAUGGCCGACAAAUGUUACUCAACCAAUCAACCCUCCAGUCAUGAGAAGAUCUAUUGGUCGCCCAAAGAAGAAUCGUAACAAGGCAAAUGAUGAGCCGAGGAAUAGAAAAACAUUACCUAGAAGUCUUCAAACUGUCAAGUGCAAGAAAUGUGGGAGUUUUGGGCAUAACAAGCGAACAUGUAAAGGCAAGAGAGCUGCAGAGAGAGCAAUUCCUAAGGGUGGAAACAAAAAGGCAAAAAAAACCGAAAACAACGGGGCUGAACAAACAGUUAUAGACGGAGGAUCGCAAGCGCCAAAGCCAACCCAAGAAUAG